AUGGAUAAUUAAUCAGAACCAAAGUUAGUUUGGUUAGACUGUGAUCCAGGAACUGAUGAUGCUAUAGCUAUAUUCUUAGCAGCUACAUCUCCUAAGCUUAAACUUUUAGGUAUAUCUACAGUUUAAGGUAAUACCCAUGUAGAAAAUUCUACAAAAAAUGCUCUUUCUCUUCUCUACAUGGCAGGAAUACAAGGCAUUAAUGUCUAUAGAGGCUAGGAAAAUUCUUUGACUAGAGGAAAAUUUUGCACAGAUGACUUUCAUGGAAGCAACGGCAUGGCUGGAAUUACUUUACCUGCUAGCUCUCAAAAAGAAAUAAGAGAUGAUGUUUUCAACAAAAUUUAUGAAGUCAUAAAAAGCUAAGGCAAAAAAAUUUAUUUUAUUGCAACAGGCGCUCUUACAAACUUAGCUAUUCUUUUAACUAUAUAUCCUGAUAUUAAGUAAUAUAUUGAAUAGAUUUCUAUUAUGGGAGGUUCUAUUACUUUAGGAAAUUCAACACCAGCAGCUGAGUUUAAUAUUUAUAUGGAUCCUGAAGCUGCAAGAAUUGUUUUUAAUGCCCAAGUUCCUCUGGCAAUGUGUCCACUUGAUCUAACUUUGAAAGUGAAAGUAGACAGUAACGUAGUUUCUAAAAUUUAAUCUUUUAAGUCAAAGUUUUCUGAAUGUGUAGUUUAGUUUUUAUAAUUUUUCUUGUAGUCAUAUAAAUAAAAUUAUGAUUUUGAUUAUGCCCCUCUUCAUGACCCUUGUGCAGUUUAUUAUGUAAUAAACCCUGAAGCAUUUAAAACAAAGUAUAAAAAUGUUGUUAUUGAAACAAAAAGUGAAUAUUGUGAUGGAAGAACUGUGGUUGAUGAGUACGGAACUACUGGUAGAUAACCAAAUUGCACUAUUUGCUAUGACAUAAAUUAGGAAUAAUUCUGGUCAGAUAUGAUGACUGCCUUGGCUUAGUGUAAUAAAAAUUCUCCUCUUUGA